AUGACAUCAGGUUUAGAAGCUCAUCGACGUAGUCCCAGGACACAACCAAUUCAAAUCCCGGAUCAUGGAAUCUCUCUCAAGCCCAACCAGAACAAGGGCAUGCUGGACACGGACUUCCUGAGAGAGCAGCUCGGAAGAGUAGGCAGCAUCGGUGACUUGGACUUCAUGCGGAUCCCUUCUGAUUUCGGCAACACUGCGAAUGAUCGCUCAGCAUUGAGAAUGAAUUCUCUGAGAGACGAGAUUGAGAACUCUUUCCUCAGCUACAGCUCUCCCAACUCCUCUCCCCGGAGAUCCAGAGAUGCUGCUCAGCAGAGCGUUGAUCCAAACGAAGAUGUUAUCUCCGGAAAGCUGGAGCUUCGUGAGGCAGCGAACGCUGCUUCAGGAAUGAGGGUCUUCUGCUCUAUCUCCAACAAGGGGCUCUUGCGAAUCUUCGAGGGGAAGAGGAGGACUGUGAUCGCCGAGCUACGACUGGUCGAGACGGUCGUGGGCUACAGGAGGAGCGACACCAGGGGCUUCAUCCUGACCAGCAACAAGCGGUUCCUCUUCGAUGCCUCCAAAAGCCAGGAGUGCUUGUAUAUCCACUGCGACGAAGAGGAGCAGGGGGACUGGCUGGCCGCCAUGGUAAAGCUGGGGGCAGCGUCGGUGGAGAUGGACGGGGAGGAGGAGGCGGAGGCUCCCCGGGGGCCGAGAGGAGCACGCGGGACGAGGGAGCGAGGGGAGAGCAAGUCGAUGUCGCCCGAGCCUCGAGGGUUCUUGUCGAGAUUUUUGUAG